AUGCAAGCAGUUCUAGACAGUCUAGCAAGUCGUGGAAAGCUGCUUAGACCGGUCUACGUGUUUGGAGUUCCAGUCUGUCUCGUUGCUUUGCCCAUCUGCUUCUGCAUCGUCGUCGGCGCCGCUCUCAACGUCACAUGGCUUGCACUACAUUUCCUCAACAGCGUGUCAGAGCCCUCCGCGCCAUCGCGCCUCGGCAAGCGAGAUAGCAUUCCUCGCGCACCGGCGACGAGCAGUGCGCCUUUGCUUGAGCCCAUCUUGCCAGGAGUCAAUGCAUCCAUAUGGAGUCUACCGGUCUUGCUGAUCUGCUUGGCGAUCAGCGGUGUCGUGCAUGAGCUUGGACACGCCACUGCGGCUCGCCUGGAGCGUAUCACCCCAGAGAAAGCCGGCGUACGCUUCUACGGCUUGCUGCCGGCAUUCUACGUCGCUUUACCCUCACAGCAGCUCUCGCUCGCGCCGCCAAUCUCGAAGCUCAGAAUACUGUGCGCUGGCAUCGUACACAAUCUGUUGCUGUGCCUCCUACUUGCAUUGCUCAGUGCCCGACACGGUCUCGACGCGUUGGGCUGGCUGGAAGAGCAUACUUUUUGGCAAGAUGCGGGCAGUACUGGCAUCGUCUUGCAGUCCAUCUCUACGAGCACGCCGCUUGCUUCCAUCAUCACGGUAGACUCGGUUCUGACCCAUCUCGAUGAUCUCGAGCUUCAUGGAUCGCAUCUCUCUGGCCGAAAUCACUGGCGCAGGUUCUUGCUCGAUGGCCCGACAGUGUACGAGAGCAUGGGAAGGUGCUUCCCAGCACGUGAAUGGGAUCUUGCAGACUCUACUUGCUGUCAAGUCGCUCAGCCGGGCGGAGAGGUCUGCCUUGACUCACUCGACGAUCAGAGGCAAGCCUGCAUGCUGCCUCAGUACUGGCUUGACUUGCACGUCGCUACGCUCGAUCGCACUACGCCCGGUCGAUGUCUCGAGCAGUCUGACUGCGUUUCCGUCAACGAUGAGGCCUUGCUUUGCAUUGCUGCAGCACCAUCGUCCAAUCUUACGCGUGUCACGUAUCUCAGCUCGGUCGAUGGCGAACGUCAGACAACGCUGUAUCAGGGCGAUCGCGCGCGCUUGUACGAUACUGUGCGCGUCGGACGACUGCAGCGACGCACGUGGGCGCGAUGGCUUGUUCCGUCUGCUUUGCCUGGCGCUCUCGAGGACUUCAUCGGCCAGCUGAACAGUGUCUCGCUAUCUAUGGCAUUUCUCAACUUGCUGACUAUCAAUCGUCUGGACGGCGCAGAGAUACUCAAGACCAGCUGGCUCUGGCUCGAGGAAUCGCAUCAAUUCUUACCAGGGGGCAUCAUCUCCCGCUGCUCGACUAUUCUCUGGCGAGCUCGACGACAAAUCGAUCGCAUCCUCCUGCGCGCAACCUUGCCGAUGCUGACGUAUGCACUCGCUGGCAGUCUGGCACUCUCGCUACGCACUCGAGUAUCGUGA